CCUCCUCCCAGCAGUUUGACAAGUUUCAUCCCUCGUCGAAGGUCAUUCAGCAUCUCAUUGCUCGAAAGGUUCCCACUUCUCUUUUCUCAUCAUGAUGUCCCCUGUCACCCUUGUCACUGGCCUGCUGGCUACAGCUAGCCUCAUGGGCUGCGGCGUCUAUGCCGCGGAGGCGACCGACAUGGGAGCUGCCGCUUUUCUGUGGCCUCCGGACCGUGCCUGGGGAGCUGCGCAGGACACCACCUCGCCAUGUGGUUCGAGUGCAGGCGUCACCAACCGGACUGACUUUCCUCUGACCAACGGUGCCGUCGCUAUAGUCCUCCAAACCGAGUCGUACACCGUGAAUCUUGCCAUAUCGUACGAAGACAACCCCACCAGCAAUGCCGACUUCACAACCGUCGUAUCGGGGAAGAACUUCCCGGACCUGGAACCAGGCCACGAGUGCUACUCGGUCCCGAACCCUCCCUCCAACAUCACCUCCGGAGCGAACGCUACCCUGCAGCUGAAGUAUGUGUCCGACUUCGACAACGACGGCAACGAGACCUACUAUGCCUGCGCGGAUAUCAGUUACGUGACGCUGAGCUCGUUCACCACCGACAUCCCGUGCUUCAAUGUGUCGGAGGGUGAUCUGACCAGCUCCUCGUCAUCUUCUUCGUCGACCUCCUCGAGCAGCGGCUCGAGCAGUGGCUCCAGUGGGAGCAGUCUCUCCAAGGGCGAUAUCGCGGGAAUUGUAGUCGGAUCGGUUGCUGGAGCCGCGUUGGUCGGGGCCGGAGCGUUUUUCGUGGGUCGGUAUUGGCAAAAGAAGGCGCAACGGGAUCAUGCGGUGGCCAUGAACAUGAUGAACCCGGUGCAGAAGACCUGGUCCGCUUCCACGGCUGGGCGGCAGCAGCAGCCGGCGCAGGUCUGA